AUGGCGGCGUACAGUCGCUCUCCGCUGCUGCUGCUGCUCUUCUCCUCCGUGUUUCUCUGCGGCUUCGGCUCCGUCUUCGGCCUGAAGGCUGCCAGCGGCCCGGCCGAGCCGCCCAACCCGCCCGUCCACAGGGCCGCCGAUCCCGCGGUCAAGGAUGCACCUGCCGCCGCCGCCGGGGCCUCGCAGCCUCGAAGGGCGACCGGCUGGAAGCUGUCGGAGGAGGAGGCCUGCCGGGAGGACCUGACCCGCCUCUGUCCCAAGCACACCUGGACCAACAACCUGGCCGUGCUGGAGUGCCUGCAGGACCGCAGAGAGGAAAGUGAAAUCGCUCCCGACUGCAACCAUCUUCUCUGGAACUACAAAUUCAACCUGACCACAGAUCCCAAGUUUGAAUCUGUGGCGACGGAAGUCUGCAAGAGCACCAUCGCUGAGAUUAAGGAGUGCAACGAGGAGGAGAGGGGGCGGGGCUACCUGGUGUCCUGCCUGGUGGAUCACCGCGGCAACAUCAGCGAGUACCAGUGCAACCAGUACAUCACCAAGAUGACCAGCAUCAUCUUCAGCAACUACCGGCUCAUCUGCGGCUUCAUGGACAAGUGCAAAGACGACAUCAACACGCGGCGGUGUGGCAGCAUCAACGUCGGACACAAGGACAUCCACUCGCAGGGAGAAGUGAUCGCCUGUCUGGAGAAGGCGUUGGUGGAGGAGGUGGAGCAGCAGGAUCGUGCCCGUCCGAUCAAAGAGGAGUGCCAGAAAGCGAUCCUGCGUGUGGCCGAGCUGUCGUCGGAUGACUUCCACCUCGACAGACAUCUUUACUUCUCCUGCAGAGAAGACCGCGAGAGAUUCUGCCAGAACACUCAGGCAGGAGAAGGAAAAGUCUACAAGUGUCUUUUCAAUCACAAGUUUGAAGAGGCCAUGUCUGAAAAGUGCCGUGACGCUCUGACCACCCGUCAGAAGCUCAUCUCUCAGGACUAUAGAGUCAGUUACUCUCUGGCUAAAGCCUGCAAGCUGGACCUGAGGAAGCAGCGCUGCAGCCUCGACACCAACCUGCCUCGAGCCCGCGAGGCCCGACUGUCGUAUCUGCUGCUGUGCCUGGAGGCNGCCGUGCACCGCGGUCGUCCGGUCAGCGGCGAGUGUCAGGGCGAGAUGCUGGACUACCGGCGGAUGCUGAUGGAGGAUUUCUCUCUGAGUCCGGAGAUCGUGCUUCACUGCCGGACGGAGAUCGAGGCUCACUGCUCUGGACUUCACCGCAAAGGCCGAACGCUGCACUGCCUGAUGAGAAUCGGGCGCGGCGACCGCAACACGGCCGUCGACAGCGUCUGCCAGAGCGCCCUGCAGACCCUGAUCCAGUCGGCCGACCCCGGAGCCGACUACCGCAUCGAUCGAGCGCUCAACGAGGCCUGCGAGUCGGUCAUCCAGACCGCCUGCAAACACAUCCGCAACGGAGACCCCAUGAUUCUGUCGUGCCUCAUGGAGCAUCUGUACACGGAGAAGAUGGUGGAGGAUUGUGAACACCGGCUGCUGGAGCUGCAGUAUUUCAUAUCCCGAGACUGGAAACUGGACCCCAUCCUCUACAAGAAAUGCCAAGGCGACGCUGCUCGACUCUGCCACACUCACGGCUGGAACGAGACCAGCGAACUGAUGCCGCCCGGCGCCGUUUUCUCCUGCCUCUACCGCCACGCCUACCGCACCGAAGAGCAGGGACGCCGGUUAUCUCGGGACUGUAAGGUGGAGGUCCAGAGGAUUCUCCACCAGAGGGCUCUGGAUGUGAAGCUGGACCCGGAGCUGCAGAAACGCUGCAUGACCGACCUCGGCAAGUGGUGCAGCGAGAAGCCCGACGCCGGACAGGAGCUGGAGUGUCUGCAGGAUCACCUGGAGGACCUGGUGUCAGCCUGCAGGGAAGUCGUGGGAAACCUGACGGAGCUGGAGUCAGAGGACAUCCAGAUCGACGCUCUGCUCAUCAGGGCCUGUGAACCCGUCAUCCAGGCCCACUGCCACGAUGUAGCCGACAACCAGAUCGAUACGGGCGAUCUGAUGGAGUGUUUGGUUCAGAAUAAACACCAGAAGGAGAUGAACGACAAGUGUGCAGUCGGAGUCACGCACUUCCAGCUGGUUCAAAUGAAGGAUUUCCGCUUUUCCUACAAGUUCAAGAUGGCCUGCAAGGAGGACGUUCUGCGCUUGUGUCCAAACAUCAAGAAGAAGGUGGACGUGGUCAUCUGCCUCAGCACCACGGUGAGGAACGACACGCUGCAGGAGGCCCGAGAGCAGCGAGUCUCUCUCAAGUGUCGCAAACAGCUGCGAGUGGAGGAGCUGGAGAUGUCGGAGGACAUUCGGCUGGAGCCAGAGCUGUACGAUCCCUGUAAGUCCGACAUCAGCCGUCUGUGUCCCAACGUGGCCUUUGGAAACGCUCAGAUAAUCGAGUGUCUGAAGGAGCAGAAGAAGCAGCUCAGUCAGCGAUGCCACCAGCGGAUCUUCAGGCUGCAGGAGGUGGAGAUGAGCGACCCGGAGCUCGACUACCAGCUGAUGAGAGUCUGCAAGCAAAUGAUCAAGCGGUUUUGUACUGAAGCAGACGCCAGAAACGUCCUUCAGUGUCUGAAGCAGAACAAGAACAGCGAGCUGAUGGAUCCUAAGUGCAAACAGAUGAUCACCAAGAGGCAGAUCACACAGAACACAGACUACAGGCUGAACCCGGUGUUGAGGAAAGCCUGUCGAGCCGACAUCCCCAAGUUCUGCCAACCCAUCCUGAACAAGGCGAGCGAGGACAGCGAGCUGGAGGGUCAAGUCAUCUCCUGCCUCAAACUCAAAUACGCCGACCAGAGGUUGUCUCCAGACUGCGAAGACCAGAUCAGAGUGAUUCUGCAGGAGUCGGCGCUCGACUACAGACUGGACCCACAGCUGCAGAUGCACUGCUCAGAGGAGAUCUCCAGGUUGUGUGCUGAGGAGGCAGCAGCUCAGGAGCAGACCGGUCAGGUGGAGGAAUGUCUGAAAGUCAACCUGCUCAAAAUCAAACAGGAGGGCUGCAAAAAGGAAGUCCUUAACAUGCUGAAGGAGAGCAAGGCAGACAUCUUCGUGGACCCGGUCCUCCACACGGCCUGCGCUCUGGACCUCAAACACCACUGCGCCGCCAUCACGCCCGGCAAAGGACGACAGAUGUCGUGUCUGAUGGAGGCGUUACAGGACAAGAGAAUUCGUCUGCAGCCGGAGUGUAAGAAAAGACUUCAAGAUCGCAUCGACAUGUGGAGCUACGCUGCGAAGGUGGCGCCGGCGGAGGGCUUCUCGGACCUGGCCGUCCAGGUGAUGACGUCGCCCUCCAAGAACUACAUCCUGUUCAUGAUCGCACUGAGCGUGUGCGUGCUCUUCCUGGUGGGGCUGCUGUGCGGUCGCAUCACCAAGCGAGUGACCAGAGAGCUGAAGGACCGGUAGAAGACGAGCUCGCCUCAGAAAGGACUGACUCCUCGCUCCUUCCCCUCGGCCGCCGCCCUCCUCCCUCCUCCUGCAGAUCUGCAACCAGCCAGCCUGCACAGUGCCAACACACCCGGAUCCCUCCUCUGUUCAAAAACAAAUCCUUUAUCCUCCGUUUGGGCGUCUCUAAACUCACAAGAGGCGCAGAUUUUUUUUUUUCUCCCCUCCCUCCUUCCCUCCGACAAAUCUGCUUUCGCUGAGGAUGUUUGAGGCCGGACGUGAGGUCGUCUUUUCAGUUUCUAAAUAAGCGCUGUUCUUGAUGUGACUGAGGGCUGCUGCUUCUGAGGUUCGGAUUGCUUUCCACUCGUUCAGUCCCGAUGCUUUAUUUUUUUUGUGAUAUUUAACUGAGACUGGAGCAUGUAGAGCAACGGGAAGCGACAGCAGCUGCCUGAAUCGCACACAGAAAUCUUAAAGGCAAACUUUGCUUUGGUUGAACUCUUGAGAUGUUCCUGUUGCUUUGAGACGUUUUUCUCCUCCGUCAUGAAGAAGUCCCGUCCUCUCCGCCGGUACGACCAGUUCAGACCCACUUCGCUUGCUACUGACUGAACAUGAAGGUCAAGCUGGUCUCCGUUAACAGGAAUGUUGUGUGCACUUUUGAUUUUUUUGUUCAUUUCAUUCAAACGCUAAUUUCAUUGCACUUUUUUUUUUUUUUUUACUUUUGCGCCUUAUUUAUUGAUUGAUAACUGAUUCUGAUGAGGUUUGUUUUGAGCAUGUUUGUAUCGACCCCUCAUCCCUGCUGCGUUCACUGACCAAACAACCUGCCACACAACACCGACGUCAGGCGAAAACCGCUCAGCUUUCACACACUGGAAGUUCUUUUUUUUGUCUGAUAAUUUAUCGCACACGCUAGAAAACACGACUAAACCUGAAUCGAACUGCUAAUCUGUAAUGAGUUUUCCCGUCAGGCCUUGUUUACUUUAAGUUAUAUCAUAUAUACGCUCAAGAUGACUUGCAUGCGGUGGCCUUUAAGGUGGAGAAAUGGUGACAGAAGCUAAAAACUUUACAGAGUUUAACAGCACAUACCUGUUCUCAACCUGCUCGGCUCCUUGUUUGUAGUCUGGGAUGAAGCCGGCUGCCGUCAGGUUUGCUUGUCCUCUCAGAAAGCCUGUCUGGGUAACACACACUGGAAGCAUCCGCAGUCGUAUCUGUGGUUUCGUUUACAGCAGGGUUCUGUGGCUGGUGAACACUGAAGUAUUUAACAUGAAGUUCUUCAUCAAAACACUGAUUUUGCCGUAACAAACGAUCCACUUUGAGAUUUAAGACAUCAUUUUAAAACUUCACUGUCAGACUUACUUUGAUUAAUACCAGCAGCGGUUCGAAUAAUUUCAGAUUCACUCACUUUACCACUAAAAGCACAUUUCCUUCUGUUGCCAGCAGGCGGCGCUGUUGGUACACGUAGGUAAACUGCAGACCAGGAGCCAAAAAUGGUCUGAAAUUGGCACAGAGGAGCCAGAAGUAAACAUUUUAGUGUUUAAAAUACAAUUUCACACAGAGUCAGAGUAAUAACCGUUUCUGUUUAAAAUACCUCAGAGCUCAUAAACACUGAACCGGGAGCUUUACAGGUGUUUCUGGAUGAUUUCUGUAACUUUGGACAGAGUCAGGACAGCUGUUUCUCCCACCAUGCUAAGCUAGGCUGAUUUAAUAUGAAGACAAAAGGCUGUUAUCUCCCCUUCAGUAAGUCACGCUGUGGUAUGUAGUUGACCUGUUGACCUCUGCAUUAAACAAAAGUGGUGAUUUCUUGCUCCUAAAGCCAUCAAACGACCAGAAGCAGAUGCAGAAAUGACCUCAGAGCAACACAAGCUGACUAAAAGAUUUAAAGGGACGACCAAACAACCAGAGAUGCAAGCAGGGGGUUCAUUCAAUCAGCCUGAAUUAUUAUUUUUAAAUCUAGAUUUGUCUGAUUCCAGCUUGUUAAAGUUGAAUAUUUUCUGGUUGCUAUCUUCCUCUGUGAGAGUAAACUGAAUCUCUUUGGGUUGUGGACAAAUCGAAACAUGUAGGGAUGCCAUCUUGGGCUCUGGGAGGCACUGAUGGGCAUAUUUCACGCUUUUCAGACGUUAUAAAGACCAAAUCAAUUCAAAUAAUUAAGAAAAAUUUUAAAAAUGAUUAAUCAACAUUGAAAAUCAUCAGUACUUGCCGUCAAAGACUCAAGACGAUGACGAAAAUAGCUGAAAGGAGACGUAGAAUGACCACAAAACAGCCACAGAGAUGCAAAACAACGAUAUGCAAAUCUACAACAAAGGAAAACUAAAUGGGGAUAAACAAACACAAAACAUUUAAAAGGGGAUCCAAAGAUGCAAAAUAACUCAAAGGUGACGUAGAACUACUAUAAAGAGAUGCAGAACAGCUACACAGUGAUGCUAAAUGACUCAACAACUACCAACAGAGACAACACAGCUACGAAGAAACAGAACAUCUAAAAAGGGAAGCACAAAAAUGCAAAAUAACUGAAAGGAUAAUAAAAAA